CAUAUAUCAGAUUUCUGUGUGGGAUGAAAUUAAAAUAAGUCUAAAUAUGUGACUUUACAUUCAUAGACUAAUUAAAAAACAUGAUAAUCUGUAUUAUAUAAAGUGCUAUUUACACAACGGUGACUUGAUUCGUAUUACAGCUUCUGCUUCAGAAGACCAUGUCCCUGCUGCUGAGCAGCUAGAGGAGGACGACACAGAAAAUGACACCAUUUUAAGGCAUUAUGAAAUGGGUGACAAGCUGGGCAAAGGUGGAUUCGGCUCUGUCUACAAAGCCACACGCCGCAGGGAUGGACUUGAGGUUGCUGUGAAAUGUACUGUCAAGUCACCGAAGAUGAAGGAAAUGACAGUGCCUGGUUAUGACAAACCCCUCCCUACAGAAAUUGCCCUGACAAUCAUGGCCAACAAUGGUCCCUACGUCCCCGAGAUAAUCCAACUCCUAGACUGGGAGGACAACGAUGCCCACUACAUUAUAAUCAUGGAGCGACCCAUACCUUGUAUGGACUUGCUUCACUUCUUACGCCACAAGGAUGGACCUCUUGAUGAGAAGACGGGACGCCAUAUAAUGCGGCAGGCCAUUCAUGCUGUGAGCGUUUGCUUUGAUCGCGGUGUCUUCCAUCGGGACAUAAAGCUUGAAAACCUCCUGGUGAAUCCAGACACUUUGGAGGUAAAGCUAAUAGACUUCGGCUGUGGUGCGAUCGUAAAGAAAUCUGGCUACAAAGUCUUCUGUGGUAAGUGUUAUGAACUUUGUUGUCAUAAAAACCACACGCUGAAGAUUCUGUUUAAACAUAUAAACCAUUGGAUGAUAUCUUUUUUUUCUAGGAACAAGAACAUAUUUCCCUCCGGAGUACGAAUUGCAUGGCAGGUACCAUGCACAGCCAGCGACUGUUUGGUCUCUAGGGAUCGUCCUGUUCGCAUUGAUGUGUGGGGCUUUACCCACUGUCUCCGACCACUCCUUGAUCAGGGACUAUCUUUGGUCUAGCCCUGGCCUGUCAAUAGAAUGCUGCCAGAUGAUCUGCGGUUGUCUACAGCCAAACCCAGAUGAGAGACUCGCUCUGCAGGAGAUGCAUCUCCAUAACUGGUUUAAGGUCAUGGAGUAAGACAGGA